AUGUUUUUAGGGAGCGUCGAGACUCAUCAGUGUGCGUUCUUGGCAACAUGUCAUUCAUCCGGACUUCCUGAAGACCGAGGGUCUAGCCUGAACAUCUUCAAGGCCUAUCAGGCUGUGGCUCGUCAUCUCGAAGCAUAUCCAAAUGAUGCUUCCAGGUUCCCUAAUUACAACCCCGCAAAGCCUCCUCUGUUGCUGUGUGCUGCGGCUCGUCCUCUGGAAGGCGAAUUGCAUAGUGCCCAGUACUUCCACGGAAGAGAUGGCCUUGCCGGUAUAUCCGAGCGUCACCCGGACCUGAAUGUCGAUGAUGUCGAGUCGUUCAAUGGGCAGCAUAAAUGUGUCCAGCUGGAAGAAAUGACACCAGAUAAUUUUCCUGCCAUCGUCUCCGACUUACUUCGUCAACAUCCUCCGCGUUCGGUGACGUACAUAGCCCUGGGACCCCUAACCAAUCUUGCCCAUAUAACGAGGCAUGACCCUGCAGUCAUCAAUGAACGAAUCGGACGCGUCGUUUGCAUGGGUGGUGCAUUGGACGUGCCCGGAAACACCACGCCGUGCGCCGAGUUCAACUUUUACGCCGACCCUUUCGCUGUUAAACGCCUACUCCUGGACCCAGAAAACCCAUGCGCUCUACCGGUGGACCGCUUCAUCCUCCUCCCUCUUGAUAUAACCACGCCACAUGAACUCCGCUUCUCCUUGUACAAAUCCAAGGUGGAUCCAGAGUUCGAAAACACCGCUCAUCCAUCCCGACUAGCAAACGGGAAAUCCCCCCUAACCCAUUUCACGAGCGCGUUUCUGGAGAGAACGAGGGAAGUUAUGAUGGAGUUUGGGAAUGACGCUAUCGAACUCCAUGACAUCGUCGCCGUGUGGUGUGCCAUCGAGAAUCCACCGGGGGAAGCUGACCCUGAAGCAACGAAUCCCUGUUCUCUCGGUAUCGGAUGGAGGGCCAGGAAACGCAUCUUUGAUAUUGAGCGGUACGGUGAGCUUACGCGUGGAAUGCUGGUGGUUGACAGGCGUGUAGACGCUUCUGCCUAUGCCCCGGGAGCCAACCGCGCUCAAGUGCAGAAAGAGUUGGGAGAUCUUCAUUGCAGUGAAGGAUUAUGGGAGUCGACUGCUGUCCCUGCUCAAGUCGACGUCGAGGAGGCCCCCGCUGUCACUGGGGAGCAGCAGGGGUGGUCCGUCAUCAGGGGAGUUGCUCGCCUGCAAAUUGUGGGUUCCAACAUCUUCCUCUGA